CGGCUCGGAGCGGCGCCAGCCAACGACAGCGUGUACGACGCUCGCUCGCUCGCACGCGCACAGACAGACAGAAGCGUCCGGCCGGCCGACCGACGCUUGAGGGAGGUGGAGGGCGGCGGCAUGGUGGUCAGGCGGUCGCCGGCGCGGCGGCGGGGCGUGCGGGUCGGCCCGACCAAGCUCGAGGGCCUGCCGGCCGCGUGGUCGGCCCCCGCCGUGGCCGCCGUCAAGGUCAAGUGGCCCGGCGCCGGCGGGGCGCUCUCGCAGAUGCUCACGGGCCGGCGCGGCGGCCGCGGGGUCACCGCCGUCGAGCCCGUCGGCGGCGACGGCGCCGUCCGCUGGGACGCCGCCGCCGACGCCAACCGCUUCCGCGUCGACGUCGAGCCCGGCGCCAGCCCGCGCGGCGGGGGCGGCGCCGGCCGGCCGGAGCGCGGCGUCUUCUUCUCCGUCCUAUACGGAUUCCAAGAACAAGGGAGGGGCAAGGACCUGGUGAGGCUGGACGAGAUCGGGACAGCCAUGAUCAGCCUGGAGGAGUGCUGCUGGGAGAUGCAGCUGCAGCAGCAGCAGCAGCAGAAAGUUGGGGCUCCUCUGCAGCAGCUGGUGGUUGUCCCCAUCAGGGUCAGGAAGGACGGGUGGGCAAGCGAUGCCAUGCUCUAUGUGAACGUGGAGCUGGUGGACCUGAGCACGCCGGCGGAGGUGGAGAGGAGCGUCUCGUUCAGGGAGAAGCCGAGGGCGAACCCCACGCCGGUCCCGACGAUGAGGGAGAUCCACAGGGGCUCGACGUACCACGAGGUUCUUGACCUGAAGCAGCUGCUCGACCUCGCCGAGAAGCAGGGCAGGGUGGCGGUGUACCGGAACAAGCGCAACUCGGACACCAGCAGCGUCAGCAGUGGCGGCGGCAUGAGCAGCAGCAGCAGCACCGUCAGCCUGAGCAGCGCCAGCACCAGCACCAGCGGCGGCGCCAGCCCGGAGCCCGGGUCCACGUCCAAGCGCCGGUUCCUGCCGUGGCGGCGGCGGAGCCGGGAGUCGCUCUCCCAGGAAAUGCCCAUCAAAUGCAUGGGAGACGAUGAUGUCUGGGAGACGCGCGAGUUCACGAGCAGGGACUCGGAGACGAGGCUCCGGACGCCGGUCUUCUUCGCGUCCAUCGACCAGCGCGACGACAGCGCCGGCGGCGAGAGCGCGUGCACGGCGCUGGUGGCCGUGCUGGCGGCGGCGCUCCACGCCAACCACCCGCUGAUGCCGACCCGGGCGGAGCUGGACGCGCUCAUCCGGGACGGCUCGUCCGAGUGGAGGCGGCUCUGCGACGACGAGGCGCACAUGGCGCAGUUCCCCAACCGGCACUUCGACCUGGAGACGGUGCUGGCGGCGCGGACGCGGCCCAUCGCCGUGGAGCACGACAGGGCCUUCGUCGGCUUCUUCCAGCCGGAGAGCUUCGCGUCGCUGUCGGGCGCCAUGUCGUUCGACGACAUCUGGCGCGAGAUCAGCGCCGGCGAGCGCGCCCCGGGCGAGGCCGACGUGUACAUCGUCAGCUGGAACGACCACUUCUUCGUGCUCAAGGCCGAGAGCGACUGCUACCACGUCGUCGACACGCUCGGCGAGAGGCUCUUCGAGGGCUGCGACAAGGCCUACAUGCUCAGGUUCGACGCCACGUCGGAGAUGCGCGCCCUGCCGUCGCCGGACUCGUCACCGUCGUCGGGGCCGGAGGAGGAGGUGGUGGUCGCCACCGGCAAGGAGUGCUGCGGGGAGUUCAUCAAGAGGUUCCUGGCCGCCAUCCCGCUGAGGGAGGAGCUGCACAUCGAGCAGAGCGGGUGCGCCGACGCCGGCGCGCCCCACCGGCGGCUGCAGAUUGAGUUCCACUUCACCGUGCUGCAGCAGCAGCAAGAUGGAGGGAGAUGACAGGCGGGUGUGCUUGCUGCCUGACUGCGCUGCCGCGCUAACAUGAUCAAUGUACAUUCAUAUACAGCACAGAUGAAUAGAAACAUGAAUGACAGCAUUACUGUUACCAGUUGCAGGAUUUUUGGAUAGUAGGCACAGGGAAUACAGAAUAUGUUUCUAUAUAUACAGUGAAUUAGGCAGACAGAGAUUGUAAAAUAUACACCGAGUUUCUUGA